GAGGAUAAAAGGAAGGAAUCGUGAUUCUUUCGGUCAGUUUCGAUACGAUCGCCGCAGUAGAGUGGUUCCGACCCGUCCGUCCGUCCGUCCGUCCGUCCGUCCGUUCCGUGGGCCUGUAUACGUCUGUAUACACGUAUACACACGUCGAAAGAAAAAGAAACACGCGCACAAAAACUUUUAUCUUGUGAUAACCACCUCUUCUCGAGUAUUGUGUCGAGUAUUGUAUCGAUCCCAGUGUGAACGACGCAAGGAGGAUGACGACGAUAACGAUGAUCAAGUUGUCGGGGAUCGCGAUUCUCCUAGCAGUGGCGGCGACGACGACGGCCGCACCGGCAGCGGCAAGCCAACAGGAGGAGCCGUCCGUCCUCGAGGAAGCCCUGGACGUGUACGCGUCCUGCUCCUCCGGGGAGGAGGACGUCUCCGUCUGCUUGAAACUGAGGGCGCUCAGAUUCGUGGACAGGGUGGCCAGGUCGAGCGCGGACAUCGAGGUCGCGGAUGGGUUCAAGAUCGUUCAGACGGAGGAGGCGAAGACCAGCCGCGCGGACAAUGGAAGAUCAUUGAACGACAUCGAAAGUAGCUUGCCGGCCGAGGCGGGGGCCAAAGAGGCGGUCAUCGAUCAGGCAAUCCUCGACAGGACCGCAAAGUUCCUCUCCACCCACACCGUCGAGUUGAGUCUGCCCGAGGACGUGUCCCGCUCCUUCGACGAAGCUCGAGGAAAGAAGAAGAAGAUCGUGAAAUCUCUGCUGCCGAUCCUGCUGCUGCUCAAACUGAAGGCCGCAGCUCUGAUACCGAUCGCGUUGGGCGGGCUUGCCCUGCUCGCGCUCAAGGCGCUCGCGAUCGGCAAGAUCGCGUUGAUCAUCAGCGCCAUCAUCGCCCUGCAGAAGCUGUUCGCCAACAAGCAUCAGAGUUACGAAGUGGUCGCCCACCCUGUACACUCGUACGGGCAGGAAGACCACCACGGGUGGGCGAGAUCGUCGGGGGCCGAUCUCGCGUACAAGGCGUACAAACCUUCCCAAUAGUUUCAAGUCCAUCCGGUUCGUUCGUUCGUUCGUAGUACGCAAAACGUUUCUUCAUUCUCAACUCACCUACCUUCGCUCGCCAAAGUGAUCGUUCGGCCGAGGGGCUGCGAAGGAUCUCGAUCCCUUCGUCCGGAGAACUCGACCUGUGCGGCGAUCGAAUACGAUCUGGAUUAUUAUUCGUCGAUGCUCGUCGUCAUUUUCACCGGUAUCUCGCCUUUUCGUUACACACAGUGACGCAUACUACAUUUACGCACAUACUGGGACACGUACAGUGACGGGACGUACUUCGUGACUUCGCCGAAUUUAAAAUAUUUCCCUCAGAUUUGAUCGAGACACGUUGUUGACACGCGUACUUGCGUGCAAUCGUAACGAAAUCCAUCUAUCGCGGGAUUACGAUUUUCGUCAAUCGUGACGGAAAGGAAAGCAGCUACGACGGACUUUAUUAUAUAUUUAUGGACAGUGGUGAAAGGUGGCGAACGUACGGAGCGUAUAUCACGUUCCACCACCAGUGAUCGAUACGAUGCACCCCUUCGAGGGGGGUCGACGAUCCCUCGAUCGCAGAUCCCGGGUCGAACGCGCUCGGACUCAGUAGUCAGUACCUGUACAGGGCUACCAGAUUUCAUCCAAUGAUUAUUUAUAUUCUCAUCCCUCGCCCGGGUCGCCAUGUAACUUAUACUAUUUAUAAAUAAAUGUUAAUUUUAUACGAA